AUGGACUUUCGUUGGCUUGAUGCAAUGGCCUAUGGCUCCUUUGGCAUCAUAGAGGUAGGUGCCCCGCAGCUCGGUGGCGGCCGAGAUGGCGAUGAACUCGAGUUUCUCAUCUCCUGCAUAGUUGGAGGACUGGACGCCAAGCCAUCCGUCGUGGGCCCUGAACUCGCCGAUGCACCUGUCUUUUCGGCUCCAGAUGUUGCCCACAACCACGGGCGGGUUAGCCUUGUCCCUUGUAUUCAGAGAGAUGGCGUAGUCAAUGUCGAGGUAGACAAAGGGCGUGCGGAAGGGGAGCAAGGGCCUGAGCAGGGGACGACGGGGGUACGGUGGCAUCCCAUCGGCGGCGGCGGCGGCGGCGCGCGGAUCGACGACGGGAACGAGAUAUUUAAAGACAGUCAGAUCGUCGGUCUCGUGCUCGAAGCGGGAUCGAAAGCCCGCAUUGGCGAUGCGCACGGUGCUUCCUCGGUCAGUCAGAUGCCAGGUCACCGUCGGUUUGAUGCGAAAGAAAUGGGUGGGCUGGAAAGAUUCGGAGCGCCGUUGGGUCGGCAUCGUCGCCGUCUCCUCCACGAAGUUGGCGGCGGCCCGCCAGAAAGUCAGGUCGGCGGGAACGCCGUAGAACCACCAGCCCAUCUAGGACCAGGAGAGUCGAAAGGGCGAGCGCGAGAGGGCUUGCCGCAGAAUCGCCGCCUGCGGUUUCCAGAGGAGAGCGGCGCCGAGGAAGAGUAG